AUGACGUCACGGGAGCUGUGGCAGGCGCUGUCGGGCUUCGUUUGCGUCUACAAGCACGCGGAGACCUCGACGUCUUCGCUGAAGAGGCUCCUAAUAAAGCGGCUGGUGGCUGAGGCGACUAGAGCCCAGGGAGUCCCGCGACUGCCCCAAGUCCGACUUCCGGUCGUUGAACCCCAUCCACGAACGGGUGCCCUCGUUACGGUCGGCGAGAAGCUCAUGCCGGAUUACAGGUUUAGUUCGGGUCUUUUAGAAUUCACUAGGUAUAGAGAUAAUGUCACUUCAUUGUGGGUUGUUACUUCGGUUCGGUUUCCUUUUUCGAUUUUGAGUUGAAAGCGUUUUUUUUUUAUUACGUGUAGAAAUUUAUGCUCGUAGUUUUUCAAGUAAAAUAUUCAUUAUAUCCUAAUACGUAGAAACGAUCACAUAGCUUAUUACAGAACUUUUUUAAUUUCUGAGAAAAUUUCAUUCACAGUGGGAGAAGUUGGAUUCCCGCUGAAAGUUCAUCUUGGAGUAAACUUGCUCUAAUGACAAAAAAUUGUUUUCAGUUUUUUUUCCCCUUUCCAUGGAAUUUUUCAUAAGCCUCCGAUCGAGGAACCGAAUCCAGUUUCAUUGUAUUCUAAUUGGAAAAAAACUUGAAGAUUUGAAUUUACGUAGAAUCAAGAGGAUCGCGUUUUCUAAAUCUAAUUUUUGGCGAAAAUGUUUUUAGAUGUUUAGAUAUCACCCGCAUGCCUCUGGAAGUUUCCUUCGAGCAGAAGAUAUUCAGUUGGAAGACCUCAACCCAUUGGAAACUUCCGCUUCUGGUGUUUGCUGUGAGAUUUUUUUUCUCGAUUGAAUUAGGGAAAUUUAUUUGGCGCUGAACUAAAAAUUCCUACUGUGACGUCACUAUAUAAGUCGUAUCUGUGCGGAACAAAACUAAAAAUAUUCACGUUAACCUUUUUCACCUUCAUAAUUUUUUGCAUACGCGCUUUUACAAAAAAAACUUUACAAAAUAGAGAUGUCUUAUUUCGAGUCAGACAUUCAUCCGAACCGGUACUAAUUUGAACCCAAAGGGAUAUAAAAUUGAAAUUCACUCGAGUUUUAAAAUACAAUCAAAAUUGCUGUACUUUAUCUCUCAAUAAGCUUCUAUUGGGCGUUUUUGAUCGUGAAAUAACAGAAAUUUUGGCGGACAGUAAGAUUGCCACAUCUUUCCUCACAGACGCCCGCAUCAACUUUUGAGACCAGAGUCGGGAUCUGAGCGAGAAGUUUCGUUUAGAAGUUGCACAGAGAUUCUUCGUGGUUAGAAAACUUUUUUUGUUGACGAAUUCAAAUUUUUCCUGAUUUUUAGGAAUGUUUGCUGUCUCAGAAAACCAUUGUGAAUACGGAAAUAUCACGCUACAACAGAAGUAGAAAAAAAUAACAAAAUUUGAGAAAUUUUUCGUUUCUUUUACUCGUCUAAAACUGGUCUGGUCUUCUCCGUUUCAAAAAUAAUUCAACUUUUGAAGUUUUUUUCAGCUUUCAAAGCACUUUCUGGAUCAGUGUAUCUUUUUAACUUAUAUACGUAUCGAAAAUGAAAUUUUCAGCCGAAAAUCCCCAAAAUCAACAGAGUCAGAUCAUUUUACAGACAACUAGGUCCACGUGUCCAAAAUUUCUUUUUUAAAAAGUGGAAAAACCUCUAUUUUCUACGAACUUUUAAGAGUCAGAAAUAAUAUUGAGAAAUUUAGUGAUAGGGAUGAACGAGUCUUGCGAGAAACUCCCAGAGCUGCAGGCGAAAUCCUGGGUUAACGUAUACCGACUCGAUGGCAUUCUCGGAAAAGCUGGGAAGAGUCAAGAAAACGAAGGAAAAACGGCGAAAAAUAUGCCCUAUGGUAGGAUUUUUUUGUUUAACGAAAUGAAAAGUUUUGAAGGAGGCUUUUUGUACCUUAUUUGAGAGUCAUAGUGAACAGUUUCCACACAAAAAAACUUGAAAAAAAUAAUAAUUUUUGAGUCCCAAUUUUUCCAAAAAAUAUUUUCAAAGACGCAGGAACUCAAAAUGAAUCGCUGAACAAAUCUAUUUCAUAAAAAUCUAAUCAAAAACUUCUUUUUUCUCGGCCAUGCGCCUUUAAAUAUUCCAUCAAAGUCAUGGGAAGUAUAGUCUGUUCAGAUUUCGAAUUUCAAAUCGACGCUCAAGCUCCGCCCCUAAUGGUGCAAUAAACCAAUAAGAGAGCGAGCCACCCACAGAGUGUUUUUGAAUGACGUCAUUGCACUUGACAUUAAAAAUCUGAACAGACUAUAAUUCAUUCGAAAAAACUGCAUUUUAUUCUAUUUUAAAAAUACAGAGUGAACAUAAAUUUUCCAGACCAUGUGACAAAGCACAAGCUGAGAAAAGUGAUAGCGAGGUUGGAGGCCGAUUUUCGGUCGGCCUCUUUUCAAAUUGGCCAACGUUGAUAUGCAGGCCGGCAUAUCGGGAAAAAAAAAAUUUAUUACUACUUUUUUUAGAGUGAAGAAGCGUUCGAAAUUGCGCGAAAAGGCCUGCCACGGUUACAGUUGCCUGGAGCGCAAAUGGUCUAUUCCAUAGAGCUGCCCUACUUCAAGGCGCCCUUUUUCACUUUGACUGUUCAGGCGGCUGGAGAAGAUUGUAACUUUCUGAGGUGCGCGUCUUGUCCUCCCACUUUUUUUGAAAUUUUCAUUCAGGGACCUCGUCCAAGAAAGUGGGACUUGAACUAGACACUGUAGCGACUUGUACGCGCGUCCAGAGGUCUCUUUCAGUUUAAUUUAUUUCGUUCUGAAAAUUCGAACUUAAAGACGGUCUCUCGGCCCGUUCGUUGGAGAAGACACGUUGCUAGAGAAGCAGUUUGGACUCCUCAAUGUUGUCCGAAACAUCAACUAUUGCCGGUGAGUUUGAAAUUUCGAAUAUCGGUCAAGCUUACCCAAAGCAAGUCGGAAUGGGUCCAAAAAGACGUUCCUUUUGGCGCCUUUUUGUGCCAUUUCGUGGGCUUUUAUGCACCAUUUUUGCUGCCCCUCCCUUUUUCCACCAUUUCUUGAACCUUUAAAGUUUAGAAAAUUGGGAGGCUCGAUGAAGGGAUCCUUUUUGCUGCCUUUUUGAACCUCUACCUUUAAGCGGUACUUAUUCCAAAUUCCUACUCUGCCUGAGCUGUUGUAUAUAUGUAUUUCUUCACCAAUUACGUCGCAAAUCUCACAAACGUGAGCAAGUUUUUGAAUUCGAAAAAAAAGUUUUGUGACGGACCUGAGAGAACGUAAAAAUCUCUUUUAAAAUCCCUUUUUCUGCAGAUAUCCGUUUAUUUGAAAGCUGAACUUUUUUUUUUUCAAACCAUCUGUAAAACGGCAAUGAACAUGCUAAUUUUUUCAGCGAAGUACUCAGCAUGGAAACGACGACUUCAGAAGUUUUGGAGACCAGACUGGACCGCAAUUCACGGCUUGAUCGACACGCGAAACGUAUCCUGGAUGGGAUUGGCCUGACUCCGGAUCCUACCGAUCCAGAAAAAUACGAUUCCAUGCGGCCUGUUUGGGGCAGGCAUUAUUCUUGA